CCCAUCAUCAUCAUCAUAUCAUCAUCACUAGUGUGAGAUCAUCCAGACAAACACGAAAUCUCUCAUUUGCCUUUACCACGGAGGAAUGCUCCACAUUGAAACAGUUCAGGGAAUCUUAUCUGGUCAGGGAGUGUUGUCAUUCAUCCAGUCCCUGCAGGAAUAGCACAUUUGUGUGCAUAAAGCAGGGAAAAUGAGUACGGGGAAGCCGAGUGGCCUCAAACCACCAACCAAGAUUGGUAAACCAGCUGCGACGCCAAGCAAAACUCACCCCACCUCAGCUGGUGCAAAGGCUGUAACAUCCCCAACCUCUAAUACGGCCCAAGAUGCUGCAUCAGAUUUCUCUGUUGGUGAACGAGUUUGGGUCAAUGGAAAUAAACCGGGUUAUGUGCAGUUCAUCGGAGGGACCCAGUUUGCACCAGGCCAAUGCGGGAUAGUUCUAGAUGAUCCCAUAGGGAAAAACGAUGGCUCUGUGUCUGGAGUGCGCUACUUCCAGUGUGAGGACUUGAGAGGUAUAUUUACUCGGCCCUCCAAACUGUCUCACACUCCCCUGCCAGAGCGUGAAGCCAAUGGCACACCACCCGCCAACAAGACAUCCACCUCCCCUGCCAAAGAUCCCGUUCCUGUCACUCAAACCACUAGUGCAACCACAAAAACUUCAACAAACCUAACAAGAGCCGCCAGCGAGUCUGCAUCCAAUCUGUCUGAGACAGAUUCGGCCAAGAAGUUGCAGCGGGAACUGAAGUUGGGUGAUCGCGUUCUGGUUGGUGGAACCAAGGCAGGUGUUGUGCGUUUCUUGGGCGAAACUGACUUUGCAAAAGGUGAUUGGUGUGGCGUUGAGUUGGACGAGCCUCUUGGCAAGAAUGAUGGGGCAGUUGCUGGUGCAAGAUAUUUCCAGUGCUACCCAAAGUAUGGACUGUUCGCUCCUACUCACAAAGUCACCCGCAUUGGAUUCCCGUCCACCACUCCCGCUAAAUCCAAAUCCUCCAGGCGCAGGUCGACCCUAAAGAACAGCCCCAGCGCAUCCUCCAUCAGCUUCAGCUCUGUCACCUCCUCAGUUGGAGGCAAACCCAGCCGAGCAGGCCUGCUCACAGAGACGUCGGCUCGGUACGCACGGAAGAUCUCAGGCACCACGGCCCUGCAGGAGGCCCUAAAGGAGAAGCAGCAGCACAUCGAGCAGCUCCUGGCUGAGCGGGACAUAGAGAGGACAGAAGUGGCACGAGCCACAAGUCAUGCCGGAGAGGUGCAGCAAGAGCUGGCGCUGCUCAGACAGGGCCAGGAACAGUACGCUGUGGAGAUGGAAGCCAAGUUGGACCAGCUGCGGAGACUCGUAGAGACUGCAGACAGAGAUAAAGUGGAGCUGAUGAAUCAACUGGAAGAAGAAAAGAGAAAAGUGGAGGACCUGCAGUUCAGUGUAGAGGAAGCUUGCAUUACCAAAGGUGACCUAGAGACGCAGACCAAAAUGGAGCAUGCCCACAUUAAGGAGCUUGAACAGAGUCUUCUCUUUGAAAAGACCAAAGCAGAUAAACUCCAGAGGGAGUUAGAGGAUACUAGGGUGGCCACAGUGUCCGAGCGCUCCAGAAUCAUGGAGCUGGAAAAGGAAGUGUCCGAUUUGCAUCUUCAGCUGAGAACUCUCCGGGCUGAGACCGCGGGAUCAGCCUCACCUCCAUUACAAGACAAAAAGAUCAAGGAGCUGAACUUUGAACUGGAAAACAGACAGAAGGAAGUGCUCAUAUUCCAGCAGAAACUCACUUCCUCUGAACAGGAGAAAACAUCCCUCCAGCAGCAGCUGCAAGAUCUAAAGCAGAAACUUGACACAGCAGUGGAGGACAAUAAUAAAGCAACACUAGCCAUGCAAGAAAUGGAAAGAAACAUUAAAAUGCAGGAAGAGAAGCUGGAUCAGGUGUCCAGGGAGAAGGAGGACAUGCAGAGGGAUGUGGCCGUUCGGCAGCAGCAGGAACAGACGAAGAGUGAAGAGAGAGAGCUUCAGAUGAAGGAGCUGAAGGAGAAGUUGGGCCGAGCAGAAGGAGAGCUGAACAGAAUCACAGAGAGAAGUGCUGAGCUGGAAGAGCAGGUGGUGGAACUGAAAGCCUUCAAAGACCAAACCCAGGGUUUACAGACUGAUGAAAAGCUGGAGCAGAUGACAAAGAGAAAUGAGAAGUUGCAGGAGGAGCUUGAGGCCCUGAAGCAGCAGAACUCUCAGUAUCAGGAGCAGCUGAGUUCAGAAACACAGAGCAUCGACAGCCUCCGCAAAGAAAUUGAGGAGCUAAAACUGUCAGCCAAUCAGAAGUCUCAGAGGCAGGUGUCACUCCAGGACGAGAAAGGGACGUUGGCUCAGGAGGUGGACGUCCCACGAACCGCAGAAGGUGUUUAUCUGUCUGCUGCUUCUACUUUUCCUCUUGGCAGCGAAGCUCUGACUAGCCAGCUGGAGAUUACAGAGAGUGAAAAGUCCAAUGCAAUGAUGUCUGAUAAAGACAAGGAGCUAGAGACGCUACGAAAUGAGAUUGCAGUGCUUCGUGUGGAAAAUGACAUGGCAAAGACACUCCAGUCAGCUGUGACGUCUCUAGAGAAGGACAAAGCCCAGCUGCAGAGCCGAGUGAACAGCCUGGAGCAAAGGCUGGAGGUCCGGCAGUCGGGGAAUGGAGAGGAAGUCAGUUCAGGUGAUGCGGCUAUAGACCAACUGAGAGAAGAGAAAGAGUUUGCUGAGGGACAGAUCAACUUCUUGAACUCAGUCAUUGUGGACCUCCAGAGGAAGAAUGAAGAGCUAAAGGUGAAGCUGAAGAAAAUGGCAUUGACCGAGUUCAACGGAAAUGAUGAAAAUGAUGGUCUUGGUGAGGUCAAAAAGAAGAAGAAAGCUCCACCACGCGUUUUCUGCGACAUCUGUGACUGCUUCGACCUGCACGACACGGAGGACUGUCCCACUCAAAUGCAAUCCCCAGACUCGCCACCACACACCACAUACCAUGGGAGCCGCAGCGGCGAACGACCAUACUGCGACAUCUGUGAAGCGUUCGGUCACUGGACAGACUCUUGUAACGAUGACCAAACCUUCUGAAUCUCCCCUCAGCCCCUGGGCCUAUGAGCAGGCUAUGCACAGUUCGCUUUCAACCAGAUUAUACGCUAUUUUUGUACACAGUAUAUAUAAAUUCGAACCUCUUGUACAUUCCCUAAAUAAAUUGUCCCAAAUGAAGGCUAAGGUAUGCUGCAUUUAUGGAAGUUGAAUGUUAUGAAGGCAAAAGAUAUUUCUGUGUUAUCAAUACUCUUGUGUGUUUGUAAGUUUUUUUCUGUCCUGUGUUGAUUGAUCUAAUGAUGAAUUACCAGCAAGAUAAUUGGGAACGGUUUAGCGAUACUUUGCAGUGUAUUUAAAAACUGCUGUGUGUAAUUUUUAGUGGCACAAAAUGGAAUUGCAAAAAUAAUGACUAUUUCCAAACAGGUUUUCCUCUCUCUACUAUUGUAGCUCCACUCCAGAGUCAGAAGUUAACAUUUCAGGGUGCUCAAACAAACAGCAAUGUUUUGAAAGCUUCACAAAGCUGUCCCCUGUCUUCGGAUUGGUAUACUAGCACACUGUGUACUGCACACUAGUCAGCACUGCCCACUAUUUUUAGAUAGCAUGUGAAAUGGUACGCAUUAUUUAAAUUUCAUCUUGUUCGUUACUCUCGUUGUUCUUUUUCGUUACGCACAUUGCAUUAUGGAUGACUGUAUACUGCACCCAGGUAUUCUAUGCAUACAGAAAUGAUUCAUACUAUGCAUAGUAUACAUACUGUAGUAUGUGGUACGCUAUUCUGAACAUAGCCACAGUUGUUGCACUAUUCAGUAAUUCGCCCUACGAAUGGUUUACUUACAGCUGUCUCUGCAUAUUAAACCAGGAUAGAAGAUUUUAAUUAUUUUAAUGAAACAAAAUUACACACUUCAGCUUGAAGAACUCAUAAUGGACUGUUAUCACAGACAGAAAACAGCACAAGUAAACCAAACAAAGCUGAAGCUAACCACUAUUAACUUAUUGCACUUCUCACUUUAAUUGUAUACAGCACAUGAGUUUAACUGCCAUUGUUUGGAACUAAGUUAUUUUUACUGUUAAACGUUAGUUUUAGUAAACAUAUAGUUAUAAUAAUGUCAUAUAAAUGGCUUUUUAUGUGUAUUUUGAUGGUAUGUCCUGUAGACUUUCAGGCCUAUUCACACCAAGUGCACAACAUAAAUGCACAGCAAGAUUUUAAGAUUGAAACCAUUUUUGUGUAUGGAAUUAAGAUUGAUUUAUUUAAAAUGUUGAACAUUUACUUCAGGUAUCCAGACUUUUUUUCAGAGAAUGAAGAAAAUUCUGCAUCAAAAAAUAGUGUGGAAUUGUUUUGGUGCAAAAAAUGACUUCCAAAUAUUUUAUAAUUCCGUAUAUUUUAGUCACCUCAAACUUGGUGUGAACAGACCUUUACUAAAGCACAAUUUUUAAGCACAAGAUCAUAUUGUAUCUCUUAUUAUUGAUGUAAUAUUAACAAUUUAUAUAGCAACCUAAUAAACUGCAAAUGUUAGAAUUGUUAACCCCAAUGAAAUGGUGCACAAAAUUAUAUUAAAUAUGUAUAAUAUUCAUGAUUAUUCCCCUUUGGUUUAUAUGAAUUUGAUCCGAAAAUGUUGCAUUAAUUGCAAAUAUAUGGUCCGUUUCUAUUGAAAUAUUGUGACAGUCUUUAUCUAUUGUACGGUUUCAUGUACUGUAUAUUCACUUGAACUCAAUACAAACAUUCAAAGAUUUUUCUUGUGUUGUUGUCGUUGUAAUUAUAUCGUGCUUUCUGACUACACAUUGAUUCUGACCAUGUUUUUGUGAAAAAUGUUUCAUGAAUGUCUUAAGGACAAUUCUAGGCUCGCUAUAGAUUCAGUAAUGGGUGUGAUCCAUUGUAUACAGUUAUUACAUAAUUAAACCGCUUUACCUAUUCUUCA